UACACACCUCCGACACGCCUCCGUUCCUCCAUAUAUUCAGCGUAGCUUCCACUAUCCAUAGUAUUUCAACACAAGAGAACGGUGUAUUAGCUCAACGCACCCCGAAAAAAAGAAAAACAAAGAAUCUAUAUUAUAUCCUGGUACUUCACUACAACGACAACUGAACUAAAGAAGAACUUUAUAAAAAGAAAUCGAAAACAGAGGCAAAAUCCGCCAAGAAGUCCGAAGCAACUCAAACAUAUCGACGUGGCGGGUUGAUUGAUAUUCGCAAACAAGUGGAAUUCAGAGAAUUCGCAACCGAGAAAAAUGUCUCUGGAUCAAAAAGCAAGCCAGCUACAUGUCGCUGACUGGUGUAUUAUCGCCAUUUACUUCGUGUUUUGUCUUGGAGUUGGUCUUUUCUCCAAGUUUCGCAAGCAGAGAGGAAAACAAGAGACAGCAGAAGGGUAUUUCUUGGCUGGUCGGUCAAUGAUGUGGUGGGCGGUUGGCCCCAGUCUGUUUGCCAGUAACAUUGGCAGUGAGCACUUUGUUGGUUUAGCCGGCUCAGGGGCGGCAACCGGUAUAGGCGUGGUCUCCUAUGAGUGGCAGGCCUGCUGGAUUCUGCUGUUGUUAGGGUGGCUCUUUGUACCAGUCUACCUCAAGUCAAGGGUGUUCACUAUGCCUGAAUACCUGAAAAAGCGUUAUCAGAGCGUAUGGGUUAGGACCUAUCUCACUACUGUUGCUCUCAUCUCCUACGUUUUCACUAAAACAUCUGUUGAUAUCUAUGCCGGCAGCGUGUUUCUCUAUGAAGCUGUAGGCUUUAACGUCUAUGUAUCUGCGGCUGUGGUGCUGGUCAUCACAGCAGUUUACACCUUAUUUGGUGGCCUGAUGGCUGUCAUCUUCACUGAUGUCUUCCAAUGUGCAAUUAUGAUCAUUGGGGCUAUAAUCUUGGCAGCCAUGAGUUUUGUCAAGGUCGGUGGGUAUGACGCUCUCUGGAGCAAAUAUGGAUCAGCCGUCGGCAAGCCUUGGGUUGACCCCACACAGAACAUAACCGCUGUUGUCAACACCACCCUGGCCACCCUUAUGAACACAACUGUGGCCCCCAUGACCGCCGCUGCUAUGAACAUGACCACUGCCUAUGCCAACUCCACCUCACCCUCCUCAGUUGAAGCAUGUUACAAACUGACGCCUUACUGGGGGAACAUGUUCCGACCCCUGGAUGACCCUGACUACCCUUGGCUUGGGAUCUGGACAACUUUACCGAUUAUGGGCGUGUGGUACUGGUGUACUGACCAGGUCAUCGUUCAACGGGCACUGGGAGCUAAGAACAACUCUCACUCCAGAGCCGGUACAAUCUUUGCUGGCUUCCUCAAGAUUCUGCCUAUAUUUAUCAUGGUCAUGCCCGGAAUGAUCAGCAGGGUGCUCUUCCCAGACUCCAUUGCGUGCGCGGACAGAAAAAGCUGCUAUGAGCAUUGUAAAAACGAAUGGGGAUGCACUAACAACGCUUACCCAAAACUUGUUUUGAACGUUCUACCUACUGGCCUUGUCGGCCUUAUGAUGGCGGUGAUGAUGGCCGCUCUCAUGUCUUCCCUCUCGUCCGCAUUCAACAGCAGCGCGACCAUCUUCACUGUCGAUGUCUGGAUGAUCUUCAGACCAAAGGCGAAAGAAAGAGAAAAGCUAAUUGUUGGCCGUGUGGUGGUGGCUUUGCUUGUUGGUAUCAGUCUCGUAUGGCUGCCAAUUAUCCAAGGUGCUCAUGGCAGCCAACUGUUCGUGUACAUCCAGACAAUCCAAUCAUACCUGGCCCCUCCAAUCACCAUGGUAUUUGGCCUGGGAAUCCUCUGGCCGCGCCUGUCUGAAGCUGGUGCUCUAUCUGGUCUUGUUGUUGGCUUCUUGAUGGGCAUGUUGAAGUUUAUACUCGGUAAUGUCUACCCACCUCCAGACUGCGGCACACUUGAUGUCAGACCUGGACUGGUCAAGCUACACUUCAUGUAUUACGCUAUCAUUAUCUUCGGGGUCAGUGGCCUAGUGAUGGUUGUAGUGAGUCUGUUCACCAAGCCCGUGCCCUUGGACGAGCUGGGUGGUCUUACUUGGUCCACUUUGAACGACCCUCCACUUGUUGUGGGCGCCAUUGGAGAGGAAGGUGUCGGACGGGACGUCGAGCAACGACCAGCAGCGGUGACCAAUCAUGUGGCAAACGGCACAGUGAUCAACUCCGAGGGUGUUCACCUGAUGGAGAUCAAGGACGAGACCAAACCAGAGGAGAAAGCGGCAAAUGGUUUACACGAAGAGAAGAAAGCCCUGGGCCAAUUGAUCGCGGAAAACGAUCGCUACUUCCUUGACGUUGUCCAGUUCCCUGAAGAAAGCCCAGUAAUCAUGUGGGUAUUGAGGCUCUCUAGUGCCCUCUUGGUCGCCGUACUCGCCUUCCUCUGGAUCUACUACCGAUAAGACAUCGCAAGCCAUCCUCGUGACCCCUAUCUGUUCCUGCUUGCACUCAAGACUGAACAGCCUACGGCGGUAAUAGACACCUUGGGGUAUAUCCAUAGUGACAUAAAAGUUAAAGGCGGUCAACGGCAAUUUAGGGUACAUGCUUCUUGACAGCUAGUACAAUUCUAGACUUGAUGAUCAAGUGCAGUGAAAGACAGUGUAGCUUAAUCACACAAUGAAAAUCCGACGCCAGCCAAUGAUCUAAUACUCUCGUAUUGCAAUAUGUUGAGGCCAGUGUACUGCUUAGGACAGUAUGGAUGGUAUGUCUCACAAACCAUCCAUACUUUUAACCGCCCUAUGGUCUUAGAGGUCAUAACAUCAAGUUAUUGAAGCUCAGCAUUACUAUCGGUAUGCAGUUGGCGCCAUAUUAAACCUCGCUUUGAACUGUCCCCUUACACGUAGCCCUAGACUCGAAAGGCUGUCCGACCAUGACCCCACCCCCCGAUUCUUCACUCCACAGGUUAUUGUUUUUGUCACGUUAGAGAUAUGAUUAUAAGCUAGUUUAAACGACUCACUGCAACGUGCUAGAUGCUACCAAAGGCAUCUGGUGUUUAAUGGUACUUGUACAGUAUGUACUGUGUGUAAAUAGGUAUAUGGAAUCCAUAAACAAGGGAUGAGCCCUUCAGGGACCCUUCCUUGCGUUUAGCACCUCGACCUCGUCUCGUGUUACGCUACCAUAGCGAAACUAUCCCGGAUGUAGAUUUAUCUUAAGGCGAGUCCCGGAUGUAGACUUAUCAUAAGACUAGUUCCCGGAUGUAGAAUAAUCUUUAGACGAGUCCCGGAUAUAGACUUAUCAUAAGACUAGUUCCCGGAUAUAGACUUCUUAUCAGACGAGUUCUAGGUUUCUAGCGGCCUAGUUCAGCAAACCAUCCCCUCUAUUUUGGGCCUUAGUGUUGUUUCUUACAAGCUAGUGUACAAAUAUAGCGGAUUCCCGCGCUCGCAGUGAUAAAAGGCGUUUGCUUCCUUAGUGUUUCUAACUAUGAUAUACGUUUAUAUACUUUGUUAUCAGGAAUAUAAUUAUAAGGAAAUAAUUAAAUAUGUAGCGACAGUAGUAGUUAAAAGGCACGUUUACUCGAAAGGAAAAAAUUGGACAAAACUGGAAAGAAAAAAGUAAUGUUAUUGGAAAUAUUGACUGGAAUGAAGCUGACUCACGUUAUUGACUCGCAGCCAUUUACUCCCACAGAUAUGUUAUUUUCAAUUGGUAUUAUUUAUUGCAAGGUGUACUUAUUGAAUUAUUACAUUUUAGUAAACACAUUUAUUUAAAUCAAUAUAAAGGUGUCUAUAGGUAAUGUGAUUCAAUUUGCAGUUAUUGUUUAUUUAGCUUCAAAAAGCACGUGGUCACUAUGUACUGGAAAGGCCUUAGCCCCUGCCAACAGACCAGUCACCUUCAAAUACGAGCUGUUUUUGAUCCAUAAGAUAAUCUUAGUCUGGGAAAUGGCAAUAAUACUUUACCAUUAUAAAGCGCAUAGGUUUGUAAAUUUUAGCUAAGAAAAUACAUGGUUUGUUGUGUACGAUGUGGUUUGAGAUUAAAAAUAAAAUUAUG